AUGUGGCAGAGAGCAAGCUUAUCACUAACGUGCUUCAGCUUCACUCUUUCAUCUGGAAGUAAAGAUGCUCCCAAGUUGAGCUACACUAUAUGCUCACUCUUCACUACUCGUCAGCGACGUUAUGGAGGAAACCCCAGUGAUUCCUCGCGUCCGGCUCCGCACCCAGGGGCUGGAGGUGAGUCGAUCAAUCAAUCAUCUUCCCUUCUCUUUCAGUGUUGCUCUCACGCGCACCGAAUAGACACCACCGUUGACCACAUCGACCUCUACUAUCAGCACCGGAUAGACACCACCGUCCCCAUAGAGGACACGAUGGGUGAGCUGAAGAAGCUCGUGGAAGAAGGGAAGGUCAAGUACAUUGGGCUAUCCGAGGCGAGCCCCAACACCAUCAGGCGUGCUCACACCGUGCACCCGAUCUCCGCGGUGCAGAUGGAGUGGUCCCUCUGGGCUCGCGACAUUGAGCCUGAGAUUGUGCCGCUCUGCAGAGAAUUGGGGAUUGGAAUUGUUCCUUACAGCCCGAUUGGCCGCGGGUUUUUCGGUGGAAGAGUCACAGAACAAGUGACCGCUGAAUCUAAUCUGAAAGGGCAUCCACGGUUUUCAGCAGAAAAUCUGGUGAAGAACAAGCAUCUGUACUUGAAAAUGGAAGAACUAGCUAAGAAACACCACUGCAGCCCUGCUCAGCUAGCUUUAGCUUGGGUUCUGCAUCAAGGGGAUGAUGUGGUUCCCAUACCAGGGACAACCAAGAUCAAGAAUCUGGAAUCCAACAUUGACUCCUUGAAGGUAGAGCUCACAGAAGAUGACCUGAAAGAAAUUAACAAUCAGAUACGUGAAGAAGAUGUGGCCGGUGGAAGGAGUUAUACUUCCUUUGCCCAUGCCACCUGGAACUAUGCAGACACACCAAAGAAGUAAUACUACAAAAGAUUUGACAGACAGUGAUACAUGAGAACAAAAUGGUGCAGCAUGUACCUUGUUAACGUUCCAAGCUAUAUAAUGUAGUGCAAAUAAGAAAAGUGCAUUGUCUACAGGAACCAUGUAAAAUUAUCUCUGCUGCUCGUAUAACAGAAGACUGAGGCUGUAAGGAAUACUUUGGCUCACAA